AUGAAUGAUGUAAUUUUCUUUUUGGUAUCAACAGUAUCCAGCUUCAUUCCGACAGUGAACUUGCAGGAGUCAGAUGUCACAUCUGACAGCAUACGCUUCACAUGGGACGAGGUUCCCUGUGAGGAGCUGAACAGUCCAUUAUCAUACUAUAAUUACAAAACGGAGCUCAGAAACCAAGCAACCGGUGAAUUGGUUUCGUCCGACUUACGUUAUCAAGUGAAACGGGCAACUCAGCUUACCCCCUGCACGACCUACAGCUUUAAGGUUGCAGUGAGAAAUACCAUUGGCAUUGGAAGUUAUAGCAAUGCCACUGAGGUGACAACCAGCACUGUUGCUCCAUCUCAGGUUCAGGCAUUAUCUGUGGAUUCUGUGGAAGACCAGCCCACUGCCCUGCGCGUUAGAUGGAAUCAACCGUCUGGCAACUGUCCUAUAGAUAAUUACACAAUCCACUACGACCUGGUCUGGUUAUCGCAGUGCGAGAUACCAGAAAGUAAUCGUACCCUGGUGGGGACAACAGAAGGCACGGAGUACAGCAUCACAGGCCUUUUUCCUCACUCUAGAUACAAGGUUGAUGUGACAGCUAAGACUUCAGCGGGAGAGGGGGACAGAUCUUACGUCUAUGCUGAUACAGCUGACGCGGCCCCAUCAGAACCACCGAGAGGAAUUACCAACACAGCAACAUUGGAACGAGGACUGAGGUUUGAGUGGCAACCACCGUCCUGCCAGGGUCGCCGGGGCAUCAUCACAGGGUACGGGUACCGACUACUGGAUCUAGAGGAAAGAGGGGUAAAUAUUACUGAAAACACCCCUUCGAAUGAGACGCAAGCUGACGUCAGUGGUCUGGUACCCUAUACACUGUACUCAUUCCAAGUCUUAGCACGCACUUCAGCUGGAGAUGGUCCGUAUAGUGAGGCAAUAAGGCUCCGCACAGCCCAAGCAAAACCACCUCAAGUUCCCAUGGUAACGACUCCCAGCGGGAAUGCUACCUCCAUCACAGUUCGAUGGCGUCGUCCAGACCCACCUCACGGCAUCAUCAUCGCUUACUACAUUCGCUAUGGUAUUGUCCUCCAAGGCAAUGAGGAAGUGAAAGUCACUGAAGCACUGAAUGAUACCGUCCUUGAAUUUGUGCUGACUGGUCUGGUUGCUGAUAGCAACUACUCCAUGCAGGUCCAGGCAGAAACAAUAGUGAGCCGAGGUUCUUGGAGUGAACCAUCGUUUUGCACUACGCUUGAAACAGUUCCCUCUGCACCUGUCGGUGUUCAUCUCGACAACAAAGGAGACAACUGCCUCGUCACAUGGAACCCACCUGAGCAAGGAGAUGUUAUAUCCUACAAGAUUUUUCGCAAUGCGUACCUGAUACCGAGGGAUGGAUCGGAUGAUCUGGAUCCAAUUCCCGAUCUAAAUGCAUCAGAUUUUGUUGUCACUGAUGAUACGACUCCAAGAACGUAUUCAGUCAAGAAGAGUGAUCUAGCAACCUACACGCGAUAUAGAUUUCAAAUUUCGGCUUCUACUCAAGCUGGCGAGGGAUCUGUUAGUAAAGAGACCAACUCGAUAUGUGAUUCACCCAGAGCAGCUCCCGUUGAGCUCCAACAGCCCAUGAUUUCUGAUACCCCUGGGAACCCAGUCUUUGAUCGCACCUUCAAGGUGACAAUUGGAUCCAUUAGUCAAAGAAAUGGGCCCGUCAGCUGCGUGGAAAUAACAAUCAUUUGGCUGAAGACUGAUGAAAACGUUGAGGGCACGGAUCCGGACAUACUCUACCAUCCUGACCUGUAUCGCUCCUACGAAGACGCCAAAGUGACUCAAGGAUUACCGUAUGUCGCUGUGGUACUAGAAGGAAACGACUUAAUCGAGUCAAAGGAAGUCACAAUAGGAAGUGGGGGAAAGUCUGAAUGCCAGAGCACUGGAUCCAGGCGCAAAAGAAGACAGGCGCCAAUGAUUCACGAAGGAGAAAAUGGAGCGCUCACGCCGGACAGCAAAUACACGGCUUUCAUACGAGCAUACGUGGUACUAGACAACGGAAUGGAGGACUAUGUCACAAGUCCAUUGCUGCAGCCUGUGUGGACUGCCCAAGCGACUGAUUUUACUGCGAUUAUUGCUGGAAUGUGCGUGCUGAGCGUUGUACUGCUGGUAGUCUUGAUUGCGUUUGGAGUAAUAUUAAGGCGACGUCGCGCAAAGAGCUUUCAACCAUCGCCAACGGUCGUCACUACUAAUGUAGAGAUGGAUGAAAUCGAUUAUGAAAGGCCUAUUAAACCAGAUGACAGGCAGUCCACUGUCUACGAAGACGUUGGCCUGCCAACUUGGGCGUUGAGAUGGGAGAUUCUAUGGAAGAAUUUGGUCGUUGACGACAAAGUCCUCGGUCAAGGGAACUUUGGCGAAGUGAGAUUGGGAACUGUAAAUGUCAGUGGGAAAAAGACCGAGACAGCGAUCAAAGUCCUCAAAGGGCGUGCUUCAGAGACCGACCGUGAAGACUUCAUGGAGGAAUUUCGUACAAUGACCAAUAUUGGGUACCAUCCCAAUGUGGUAUCGUUACUGGGCGCUUGCCAACAUAAAGAUGUGUUGUAUGUCGCCUUGGAGUACCUCCCAAAGGGUGAUCUACGCAGCUACCUACGCACGGGUCGCUUACAGUCGGAGUCAGACGAGGGCGCCCUCUCUCCAGAUCAACUCAUCAAGUUUGCUCUGGAUGUUGCCAAGGGGAUGGAGCAUCUUGCCAUGUCAGGGGUUAUUCACCGUGACUUGGCAGCCAGAAACAUCUUGCUUGGUGAGACACUAGUAGCUAAGGUGUCUGAUUUCGGCCUUUCAAGAGGGGAAGAUAUUUAUGUCCAAAUGUCAAAGCGGCGUGUACCAACCCGCUGGCUUGCCAUUGAAUCUUUGUCAAGUCGCACCUACACAACCCAGAGUGAUGUGUGGUCUUUUGGCAUUCUUCUGUGGGAAAUAGCUUCAAUUGGUGGCACACCAUACGCAACCAUUGCCACCAAGUCACUGCUAGCAAGGCUAAUGCAAGGAUACCGCAUGCCCAAACCUAUCAACUGUGACAAAGAAAUCUUCUCCUUGAUGCUUCGUUGCUGGGAGGAGGACCCUAGCAACAGACCGUCCUUCAGCGAUCUGGUCCGCAUCUUCAGCGAUUUGAGCGACAAGAAGGUGCAACACACAUACAUGGCGGUAGAUCGAGCUCACUAUGCGAAUUUCAGCGUGAUCCGACCGGAACGUGAUGACAACUGAGCCGACAUCGACAAAGAUCUACUUUAAAGACGACUCGACUCCAUCGGGCGCAGUUGGAAUGAUCCUUGAACCUACAGGCGAGCAAUUUGCAUAAAAGCUAGAUUGUAAGUGUGACCCACAGCUUUGCUAGAAAAGGGUGAACAUUCAAAUUCAAAUGACUUUAAAAGACUUCUUAAUUUCGUCGUGUAGUAGCACUUUGUUUUCUGCCUGUGAUAGAUGAAAUAGUGUUCUCUAAAAUAUGAGAUUUUGACAAUGUAGCAUCUGUGCAGUGAUACAUGAUGGAGUAAGUUAAAAUCGGCGGAAGAAGAAACAUACUAACAGGGUAUCAAAUACAUUCUGUUCACGUAAACGAAAUGCACGCAAGGCAUGAAAAAUGGCUAGACUAAAGGCCCCAGUUCGUAUUCGCGUCAACACUUGCGCCAAGUGUUGCGUAUCCGUCAAAAUCGCUCCCGAGGCGUUUUUGACGGCAGAACGCAACGAACGUGUGUGCUGUGUUGAGCCUGGUUUCCAUAUGGUCGUUAGUAGCACAGACGGUCUUCAAAACCUCAAGACGCAGACACGACCGGAAGAGACGCUGUGCGACGUCGUUCCACCCCAAAACAAUGGCGUCCGAAACUCGGAAAAUUUUCGCAAUAAAUGCCUUUUUAGGUGGCAAUGUUGCCUCUUGAAGCCAAACUGAUACUCCAGUUUGAUGUAUUGUUAACGCGUUCGUUGACGAUUGGAGCAUCAUAAUAAGGAGCAAAUUGACAAAAUGAGUGGCACUAAGGGAGAGGAACGUCGUUGUACGUCCGUCAUGCCAACGUGCAUGUUUGUAUAGGCCUACACAGCGACUCAAUGUAGGCAGUCGGCAAAGUUGAAGCGGGCUCAAGUUUGCCGAUUCGUCUGGGGCUGGUUUGCAUUUGUGGCGACUCUUCCGUUGGACAUGUUUCCAUAAUUAUGUCUGUGUUGCAGUUUCCGUCUUGAUUGCGUUGCUGUCUGCAUUUCUUAUGUCGAUUUGGAAAACAGGUUUUAGAACUGAGUCCUAAGACCAUUGUAAAUUUCCAUAGUAAGUUUAGAAAUUAAAAGAUGUGAACAAACGCAAUCGUAGGUGAUUAUCGCUUUUUAAUUAAUUAGAAUUUACAUUGCAUUAUAACUCAUUAUACUUUGGUUCCAUCUGUGGCAUUAAAAUAAUGCAUUUGAGAUUAUUGUAUUUGACUAUAAACAUGUACUCAAGAUUUAACUAUUUUACUGACAUAUUGUUUCAUAAAUGGGUUAAUGGGAUAUUCCAUUAUACGCUUAAACCCACAGUACUGAGUUUUAACACUUUGCUAGCGAUACAACGUAAUGGAAUUUCCUGAGAAGUGAAAGUUUAAUCCUUCACAUUCUUCGAAUAGCUUUUAAAUAGAACUAUGAUCUUGAAACCAAGUGUACUCCUGAGUUUUUUGGCUUCCGUAGUGAAGCUAUCCAUGCUUGGUCAUAUACGACCUGAACCAUUACGAAUAGUUCAGUGCUAUAUUAAAGCCGUAUCUGUGCAGAACGAUAAAGUGCAAACUAAAGAAAUAUGAAUGAUAAAGUGCACUUGAUGUGUGACAUCAUAUGUACAUGUAUUAUUGGUAAUUAUCAGUUUGAUACUUCGGUAAUAAGCUAUAAAUUAUAAUAACGUUGUUAUUAACAGCAUGAUAACAUCAGGAGGCAAUGGUCAUACUCACGUAGUAAAGCAGUUAUGCAUAUAAUUUCUUAUAACGUGAAAUACAUUUUAUCAGAAUCUCCAUAUUGAUCAGUAGGCCUACGUGGGUGUGAGCAUUUUGCCAUCCCCGUCGGUUCUCAAGCACAAGGCGCCCACUACAAAUUUGUAAAUGAAAAAUUUCCAGCUCCACAAACAUCGUGGGUGUUUGUAUAACUGCAAAGGCUCCCGUUCUUAGUGAUAUUAGGACUCUAGAAUUGCCGCCGUGGAAAUCAAUCUAUGCGGAUCUUGAUCUGAAAAGAGCCCGUUCGGCAUAAAGCGCGUCCGGGAUCAUUCAGGACCUGAGCCAAUCAGUGAGGCUGAACAUUCCAAUUUACUCACUCUUUCGUUGGCAUCGUACGAUAUUAUUUUCAUCUGACAAUGACGGUGCUGCGAAUUCUGGCCUCGGUGAUAGUUGAGGUUUCUCGACCAAAGUUCAUUUUGGUUGAGAUAGCUCGUGUAGUUUAAAGUGGUCUCUGUGAAACGCGAAAGGUUGGUUAUACUGUUAUCUAGGUGUUUAAUGCAAACGGACGAUAUCGAUGGCACGCAUGCUUUCUUAUGCAAACUGCGUUUUUUAUAAAGAGAACCCAUGGCAUUUAGAGCGUAUAAGCAUCUAAUAUUGGUCGAGGUAAUUUAUUUCAGAAUUUGGACAUCUUGUGACUCCACUCUGAUCGACCUCUGUCAUUAAACCUAAAAACUAAAAAGAUUAAUAUAAACGGCAGCAGUUACUCAAUAACGUAGUUGUACCAUAGUUAAUUUGAGUUCAGAUGUUGUGUUUGGAGAACUAAGAAAAUAUGUGUGUUAUGCCAGCACAAGAACAAUUUCUCUUUCAAUUAAAUACAAUGUGUCAAGCGCUAUGGAACCUUUUGACCCGUAAGAGGAACUGUUUUAUUUCAUUUCAUUUAUUAAUUUAAAAUCAACAUUCAAAAUACAGAUAAGAUGCAAUAAAAGCUAUCAUCAAUAAUGGUUUUACCACAAGAUACCUGAGCAACUUUCUUACCUGAUAUACACUUGGGGUAAAAAGGACCAAUGACGCGGUCUAAAUUUGCUUGUUGCCAUGGUAAUGUUUCCCAAAUUGGGGUGUUAAUGGCCCACAAAACAACACAGUUCUACAGACUUCAUUUGAAUUCUCUACAGUAUUUACCUUUGAUAUAUUAUUGGCUAUCAAAAAUAAAGGUAAAGACCAAUGUGUGAUAAACUACACCCUCUGCAAUUCUUGAUUUUUUUGCUGAAUCACUGGUCUUUGAAAUUAACAUUUUGUUUGUCCUUUCUGUUAUA